AUAUAUUAUAUCAAUUUUAUGUUCUUUUGAUGUUGAUAGCAAUCCAAAAAUAUAUUAAAUUAUUAUGUACUCCGCCAUAGAUAUGGGUUUUAUUUUUAAUUUAUAAAUAGCGGCUGAAAAUAGUUUUAUUAUUAUAAAUUAUCAACAAUACCCAGAAACACCACCGAUAACCGUCGUCACUCGUGACUCGUCAGUCGUACGUUAAUUAUUAUUUUUCUACAGCAGAUAUAACAGUAAAUGUGUUUUUUUGAUUGUGGACGAAUGUUCACAUUUCUCGUGACUCUUGUUUUCUACUUGCAAUAGUACGACAAUACAGCAGUAGAUACAUGAUACAUGCAUCACGUAUCCAGCUGAUUAGUAUCCUGUCAUCGUUUUUAGAUCGUUUUAAGACUUAAAGUGUAUCAUGGCAACUAGAAAGAUUAAAGUUAGUUGGGUUAUUGUGGUAUUUGUGGAUUCGAAGGAUUACAGUGUAGUACCAACAAAGUGGCUAGUUCAAAAUGACACAAAUAAUCUAGAAAAUAGUAAUGUAAGGUUAUGUAAAUGGCCACUUGGUCGAGUAACCAGUACUGACAUUCAUGACGCCCUAGAUCCAGAUCCAACUUGGUUUGAGUAUGGUAUUAAAAUAGUUGGUGGCAAUAAAACAUAUGAUAAUUUUAAAAAAGCUUGGCAUGUAAGAGUUGAAAAAGAAUCGGAAAAUGAGGAGGUUUCUCCAAUAUUAUACAAAGAAAUUGACCAUCAAAGCCUUCCAUUUAUAGCCAUCUCAGAUAAACUUUAUCAAAAAUGUAUUUUCGAAUCUACUAAGACCACCCUAGAUGUUGCAAAAGAAAAAGACCAUUAUUUUUUGUGCCAAGAUGGUUCAUUAAUUACAAUACAGUAUAUAAUAAAACCUAAGGACAAACCAAUAAAAUUAAUGGUAAAAAAAUUUCUAAAUGUUUCAGAAUUCUGUAAUAAACCUUUCUCAUCAUUUGUAGUUGGAAUGUUUGUAGUUAAUACCAAUGAUUUAUGUAAUUUGUAUUCAAUUUGUGAGAAUGAUUUAAAAUUUAAAUGUUUUUUAAUUAAAUUAUCAAAUAGUAAGGCAAUUGCAUUAUCAUUAUGUCAUGAAAUAUUGUAAGCACAGUGGAACUUCAACUACUUACUAUAUGUUAUACCAAAAAAUGUUUAGUCCAUAAUUAUCUAUAUUUCUUUCUUAUAUCUAUAUUUUAUAUUGAUUUAAUAUCA